CAGACGCCGCGGCUUCCAGUUCGCGAGCACAGCUGCGGCGGCGCGAGCCUCUCACGCCGACACUCCCCCUGCGCGCCCCUCCCCCACCCGGGACCGGGAUCGGGACCGACUGGGCGCGAGCUCGAGGCGGCUUCUCCGGCGCCGGGCGAGGAGCGAGGCUGCGGUGACGAGCGGCGGCUGCGCGGCCAUGGGCGCGCCGGUGUCGCCCUAGGACAGGCGCGCGGAGACGGCAUCCGGAGCGGCGAGCCUUCCCGAGAGGCGGCGGCGGCGGCGGCAGGAGCAGCGCGGCCGGGAUGAGCGGGAGCGGCGCGGCGCCUGGCCCGAGCUCGGGCUCCUCCCCGACCGCCUGCCGCUUCGCGCACUACUUCGUGCUGUGCGGGAUCGACGCAGACAGCGGGCUGGAGCCCGACGAGCUGGCGGUUUUGUACCAAUGGCUAGAAGCAGAUCGUCAUGGCAAGAGCCAAGAUACUGCAAAUACGACUUCAGGUGAAAACUUUGACCAGAGUCCUUUGAGAAGAACAUUCAAAUCCAAAGUGUUGGCCCACUAUCCUGAGAAUAUAGAAUGGAACCCUUUUGAUCAAGAUGCAGUGAACAUGCUGUGCAUGCCUAAAGGACUAUCUUUCAGAACUCAAACUGACAAUAAAGACCCUCAGUUCCACUCAUUUAUAAUUACCCGGGAAGAUGGUUCUCGUACCUAUGGUUUUGUUCUCACUUUUUAUGAAGAAGUUACAAGUAAGCAGAUCUGCACAGCCAUGCAGACGCUCUACCAGAUGCACAACGCCGAGCACUACAGCGGCGUGUAUGCUUCGUCUUCCUGCAGCAUGGAUUCACUGGCAAGCAGUGUUGACGAGGGAGAUACAACUUCCCUUUUGAAACUCCAGCGAUACAACUCCUAUGACAUCAGCAGAGACACGCUGUAUGUUUCAAAAAGUAUAUGUUUGAUCACACCGCUGCCUUUCAUGCAGGCCUGCAAGAAAUUCCUUAUCCAGCUUUACAAGGCAGUUACCUCACAGCAGCCGCCGCCCUUGCCGCUUGAGAGCUACAUCCAUAACAUUCUCUACGAGGUACCCCUUCCACCUCCAGGGAGGUCACUGAAAUUUUAUGGUGUUUAUGAACCCGUCAUCUGCCAGAGACCUGGGCCCAGUGAACUCCCCCUCUCCGAUUACCCUCUUCGAGAGGCCUUCGAGCUUCUGGGAUUGGAGAACCUGGUGCAGGUGUUUACCUGUGUUCUUUUAGAGAUGCAGAUCCUUCUCUACUCACAAGAUUAUCAACGCUUGAUGACUGUGGCGGAAGGCAUCACCACACUUUUGUUCCCAUUUCAAUGGCAGCAUGUUUAUGUGCCCAUCCUCCCUGCUUCUCUGCUACAUUUUCUUGAUGCUCCUGUCCCUUAUCUGAUGGGCCUUCAGUCAAAAGAAGGAACUGACCGUUCUAAGCUAGAACUUCCUCAAGAGGCUAAUUUGUGUUUUGUGGAUAUUGACAACCAUUUUAUUGAACUGCCUGAAGAAUUUCCACAAUUCCCCAAUAAGGUGGAUUUUAUCCAGGAACUCUCUGAAGUGCUUCUUCAAUUUGGGAUCCCUCCUGAGGGCAGCCUCCAUUGCAGUGAGAGUGCCACAAAACUGAAGAAUCUGGUUCUGAAGGACUUGGUUAAUGACAAAAAGAAUGGCAACGUCUCCACUAACAACAUCAGCAUGUACGAGUUACUGAAGGGCAAUGAAACCAUAGCCCGCCUCCAAGCUUUGGCCAAGCGGACCGGUGUGACCGUGGAAAAAAUGGAUCUCUCUGCCACACUGAAUGAAAAAGAAAAGGAUUUAAAACUUCAGUGUGAAGAGGCAGAACUAAGGGACUACCAGCUCAACGUGCAGCUCCGUGAGGUCUUUGCUAACCGCUUUACACAGAUGUUUGCAGAUUAUGAAGCGUUUGUGAUUCAGACUGCCCAGGACAUGGAAUCCUGGCUGACCAACCGAGAACAGAUGCAGAACUUUGACAAAGCUUCCUUUCUCUCUGACCAGCCUGAGCCUUACCUGCCAUUUCUUUCACGCUUCAUUGAAACACAGAUGUUUGCCACCUUUAUUGAUAAUAAAAUUAUGUCUCAGUGGGAAGAGAAGGAUUCUUUGCUUCGGGUCUUUGACUCUCGGAUUGAGAAGAUGAGACUGUAUAAUGUAAGGGCACCCACCUUGAGGACAUCUAUUUAUCAGAAAUGCAGCACUUUAAAAGAAGCAGCCCAAUCAAUUGAGCAGCGACUGAUGAAAAUGGAUCACACGGCAAUCCACCCACAUCUGCUUGAUAUGAAAAUUGGUCAAGGCAAAUAUGAGCAAGGGUUCUUUCCAAAGUUACAGUCUGAUGUGUUGGCAACAGGACCAGCUAAUAACAAUCGCUGGGUAAGUCGGAGUGCCACGGCGCAGCGCAGGAAAGACCGCCUUCGCCAACACUCGGAGCACAUUGGAUUGGACAAUGACCUGCGGGAGAAAUAUAUGCAAGAGGCACGAAGUUUAGGAAAAAACCUGAGGCAACCCAAACUGUCAGACCUCUCUCCUGCAGUGAUUGCACAGACCAACUGCAAAUUUGUAGAAGGCUUAUUGAAAGAAUGUAGAAUGAAGACAAAGCGCAUGUUAGUGGAGAAGAUGGGACAUGAAGCAGUGGAACUGGGCCAUGGAGAAGCAAACAUAACCGGCUUGGAAGAGAACACCUUGAUCGCCAGCCUCUGUGACCUACUGGAAAGGAUAUGGAGCCACGGCUUGCAGAUCAAGCAGGGGAAGUCAGCUUUGUGGUCACAUUUAAUUCAGUUUCAGGACAGAGAAGAGAAGCAAGAGCACCUUGCAGAAUCGCCAGUUGCCCUUGGACCAGAAAGAAGAAAAUCUGACUCAGGAGUUAUGUUGCCAACACUCAGGGUCUCUCUUAUCCAAGACAUGAGGCAUAUUCAGAACAUGAGUGAGAUCAAGACUGACGUUGGACGAGCUCGGGCGUGGAUAAGACUAUCUCUAGAAAAGAAGCUCCUGUCCCAGCAUCUCAAGCAGUUGCUCUCCAAUCAGCCACUCACCAAGAAGCUUUAUAAGCGUUAUGCUUUUCUACGCUGUGAAGAAGAAAGAGAGCAGUUUCUUUACCAUCUUCUUUCCCUCAAUGCGGUUGACUACUUCUGCUUCACCAGUGUGUUCACCACUAUCAUGAUUCCAUAUAGGUCAGUGAUCAUCCCCAUCAAAAAGCUGAGCAAUGCGAUCAUCACAUCGAACCCUUGGAUCUGUGUAUCGGGAGAGCUAGGAGACACGGGAGUAAUGCAGAUUCCCAAAAACCUCCUCGAAAUGACUUUUGAGUGCCAGAACUUGGGGAAGCUGACCACUGUUCAGAUUGGCCAUGAUAACUCAGGACUGUUAGCCAAAUGGCUAGUGGAUUGUGUCAUGGUCAGAAAUGAGAUCACAGGACAUACAUACAGGUUCCCAUGCGGGCGGUGGUUGGGGAAAGGCAUUGAUGAUGGAAGCCUGGAGAGAAUCCUUAUUGGGGAAUUGAUGACCUCAGUGGCAGAUGAGGAUCUGGUAAAGCAGUGUCGGACUCCACCCCAACAGAAAUCCCCCACCUCGGCUCGGAGACUGAGCAUCACUUCACUGACAGGAAAAACCACCAAACCCAAUGCUGGACAGAUCCAAGAAGGAAUUGGAGAAGCUGUGAAUAAUAUUGUGAAACAUUUUCACAAACCUGAGAAAGAGAGAGGAAGCCUCACAGUGUUGCUAUGUGGAGAAAAUGGACUGGUUGUGGCACUUGAACAAGUCUUCCAUCAUGGGUUCAAAUCUGCCCGCAUCUUUCACAAGAAUGUCUUCAUCUGGGACUUCAUAGAGAAAGCAGUUGCUUAUUUUGAAACCACUGACCAGAUUCUAGACAAUGAAGAUGAUGUCCUUAUUCAGAAAUCAUCCUGCAAAACCUUCUGCCACUAUGUAAAUGCUAUUAAUACUGCACCCAGGAACAUUGGGAAGGACGGCAAAUUCCAGAUUUUAGUUUGCCUCGGAACACGGGAUCGCCUGCUCCCACAGUGGAUCCCACUCUUAGCCGAGUGUCCUGCCAUUACCCGAAUGUACGAGGAGAGCGCCCUCCUGCGAGACCGCAUGACUGUCAACUCUCUCAUCCGCAUUCUGCAGACCAUUCAGGACUUCACCAUAGUCUUGGAAGGCUCACUCAUCAAAGGAGUGGAUGUGUAACCCACGUGGCUAGAAACGCUCAGUCCAGACCCCUUGUUCCUGAGCCUUCCCCAACUAUGGGGACUGAUUUGGACUUGUCUGACAAGGGAGUGAGUCAGUGCGGGGGCAACACACCGUAUUCCCCAAUUUGAACAAUCCUCACACUACAGACAAGGCAAAAUGCUGUAUUGUAGUUCAUUUGAACCUGGAAUUUAGUAUAAAAUAGAGUAUUUUCAUGUGUUAGAUGUGUGUAAAUAUGCUAUCUUCUUUAAGAAAUUAUAUUACUCUAAUAAGAUACUUUUCUUAGAUUGAAUAUUCCUGUGACUUAAAAUAAGUAGCUUAACCGCAUUGGGAGUUGGGGAGGGGAAGAGUGGUGCUAGCCAGGAAGAAGCCAGUAAACAUGUAAUUACAGUGCAACCCAUUGGGGGCUUUUAUUUCCCUCCAGGUAUCACAAAGGAACCCAGAAUGCAUUGUUAUAUCAUAGCCAUCCAUCCUGGUGUGUCCGAUCCUUUGUAUUGUGAAUGUGAACAGCUUUACCUACUGUACAUGAUAGUCCUCACUUACAUUUUUUUUUUAGGUUACAAAUGGUUUCAUACAUUUGAAUUGAGUCACUUUUCCAGUCUUUUGGAAAAAUUUUUCCGUCGGCACAAGAUAAAGAUAUGAUUCAAAUAUUUUAAAUACUGGACCCCAGGAGCUUGGCUGAACUGGAAAGAGAACACACAAAGCCCUGAAAAGUAUGUUAAAUUGUAGGAUUAUAACUUCUUUACACUUUGGAAAGAUUAGCCUAGACUAACUUCAUUCUUGGCAUUUUUAUUCUUGUUAUGUGAGCUACUUUGAAGAGAUGUGAAUUUCAGAGUGUUGGUCUCAUAGUUAUAAGAACUGCAAAUGGCAGUUUGAUUCUGUACUUAUAAUUUGGCCAUCUGACCCCCCGCAGUCCUUACCUCAAGGGUAAUCUCAAACCCUGUCUUUGUUAGGUUCCAUUCACCCCUCCCCUCCCCUCUUCCUGUGCCCAUCCCCCUCUCAGGAAAUGGAAGGAAUGUCUAAGAAGGAGGAGGGCUCUGUGUAGCUUGGAAUGUUUUUGUGAAAGUAUUUGUUGACCAUGAUAAUGCAAAUAACAGAGGGAAAGAGCAAGAAUGAACCCUUUCUGGGUGUUUCAGGGCAAGUUUUAUGUUCCUUUUUAAGAAAGGGUAAUAUAAAACAACUGGCCCUGAGAAGGUGAAAGCCAGGGCAGCACAGACUGACAAAAAUGGAAGCAGUACAGGAGGCAACAGUGUUGAAAGACCAAACAUUGUGAGUAGCUUUCCAGCUUGGUAUUUUAUAAGGAAGUUAAAUAAAUGUGGGAUUAGCCAGUUACCUUCAGUCUUCGUUUAUGGUAGGUCCUGUAACUCAUUAGGCAUUUGCACAUUGUUAGCGGUGAAAUUGCCUCAGCAGAGCCCCGGGGUUUAUUCCCAGUUGUGGCUGAGAAGCAAAGCCAUGGCCUCUCAGGACCCUUGUACAGUCUUGAGGGUCCUGGGCUUAGCCAACAGUAUUGUUCCACUUAUUUCCUGGAGGAAGAAACUAAUGAAACAAGUGCCUCACUCCCUUUAUCAAACACUAUAUUCAGCUGGGGUCACCAAGGCACAUCCCCUUUUAACCAGUGACUUAAUCCAGGAGCACCGGGGGAGUUGAAGGCAGCAUUUAGAAGCCCAAGGAAGAGCUUUAAGAAGAUGAUUCUGGGUGACCUGGGUAGCCUGGAGAUUUGCUCGCCUGAGGCUAAGGGCUGUCUGCAUUGGUGUAGCUCUUCCAAGGACCUGGAAAGUCUAUCAUGGGAGGCAUCCAGACCCUAUUUAACAGGUUCUUGUGUUGCAGUGAUCAGACAGCACAGAAUGAUCAGUGCAGGGUUUUAUUAUUCUUAGUACCUUUCUUAGAAGGCCAUGGCUCUGGCACACUCUGGGCAGCUGAGAGAUGACUUAGGUUAUUAGUAUGCUAGUAUCAAGUCCUCAUUUUAUAGAUGGGAACACUUGAGGAUCAGAGAGGCUAAAUACUUACCCCACGGCUGGUCAGUAACCAGAGUAUAGAGCUCGUGUCUUUUAUUACACCAAGGCUGCAUGAGACUGAGCUCCAAGGAGGCAUUCAUAUUUUUUUUAUAAAAAUUUUAUUUAUUUGACAGAGAGACACAGCGAGAGAGGGAACACAAGCGGGGGGAGUGGGAGAGGGAGAAGCAGGCUUCCUGCCAAGCAGGGAGCCCAAUGUGGGGCUCAAUCCCAGGACCCUGGGAUCAUGACCCACAUGGAAGGCAGACACUUAACGAAGGCAGACGCUUAACCGCUGAGCCACCCAGGCACCCUGAGGAGGCAUUCAUGUUCAUAGUCUUUCUACCCCUGGAUCUUUAUCCAUACCUAAACAGGUAGGAAAUCACUGUUAAUAUUCGUUUAUAAGAAUCAUUUAUAAGGAGGGCGCCUGGGUGGCUCAGUUGGUUAAGCGACUGCCUUUGGCUCAGGUCAUGAUCCUGGAGUCCCGGGAUCAAGUCCCACAUCAGGCUCCCUGCUCAGCAGGGAGUCUGCUUCUCCCUCUGACCCCUUCCCUCUCAUGCUCUCUAUCUGUCAUUCUCUCUCUCUCAAAUAAAUAAAUAAAAUCUUUAAAAAAAAUCAUUUAUAAGGAUUAACAUUCAUUUUAACAAAUUAUUCUCAAGUAGUUAAGAAUUACAUCCAUUACAAAAACUAGGAGCAAAAUUGGAUUUGGGGCCUGUGAAUAAAGCUAUUACAUUAAAAAGUACCCCCAAAAAAGAGUUAUACCUAAAGUUUUAUCCCACUUUGUGUAGUAUGACCAUUACAGUGGAAAUGACCGAUUUCAAAAGAAAUAAUCACACCAGAACUGACACCUCCUCUAGAAUGCUGGACCCUUUAAAUUGGUUACCUGAGGAGCCCAUAUAGUUAUUCCAGUGAUAACAGCCAGGGCUCCAAACCUGUGGGGACCUCCUUGCAAGAUGCUUAGAUGGCCUACAGCCCAUUCUUCUGUUGCCAGUUAUGGUAAAUCUUGGCCUUUUAGAAGAAAUUUAAUAUUUGGAAACAAAAAGUCCUUAGGAUCCAAGCUGAUGAAAAACGAUGCUUAAGCAGAGUUUGAGGUCACAAACAAUUCUAAAGAAAUAAGACCUAGUUCUUAUGUGGCUUAUAACUGCCUCUAAGCCAAUACCAGAAUAUUUUGAGCAGGACAGAGGCAGACCCCUUAGAAUAAGUGUCCAUAGCUGACUUUUGGAAGGACCAUACCCAGUUAGAGGUAUCCUUUUUGCUAUAUUAAUUUUUUAAUUAGUAUAUUGCUUCAUAAUCACACCUCAGAGUUAAAGUAAGUAAAAAUCAAUUUUGUAAUUGACUUUUUUUCCUCAGAAUAAAUUAAAAGUAAUGCCCGGAACCACAAUUAGUAUUUUCAUAUAAUAAUAGCUUGAGAGGGAAUUGUUUUAAAAUGAAAUUGCCAAAAAUAUUACCUCUUGAAACAUCUGAUUUCCAAGUGUUUUUCAGAUGUCCUGAAACUCCGAAUCUUAUCCUUUCUGAUACAGUGGUGGGACAAUGUGUGAGCCCAAAAAGCAGUGCCCUGGGUGGGCCUCGUUAGUGCCUUAAAACUGACUGAGGCUCCAUGUGGGGUGUGGAGUAGCAUAAAGUGGGAUUCUAGUUGGGGUGAAAUAGGCCUACAGAGAACAAAAGUUCUUCCUCUUUCUCUUUCCCACUGGGAGCAAGAAUUUGAUAUAAGAAACCUGAAACCUGCAAAAGUUUGCAAUUUCCCUCUAAAAUUUAUUUUCAAUGUUUCCCACAUUUUUGAACCUUUGUAACCCUGUGGUAUUUACUUUAACACGUCUUUUUUUAAAAAAUCAUUUUCAUGAACUUCUGUCCCACUACAUGAAUGAUAUAGGAGAAAUAACUGAAUUGCUUGUAUUUCCUUUUUUGGAAUAAAGCACCAUUGUAUGCAAAUGUAAGUGAAAGAGAGGUAGAGACGAUACUUAACGGUCUAUGUGUAGUAUAUGUUGACACCUCUAAGAUUUUUUUUUAGAACAAAGCAUUUUUUUUUAAGAUUUUAUUUAUUUAUUUAAUUGACAGAGACAGUGAGAGAGGGAACACAAGCAGGGGGAGGGUCAGAGGGAGAAGCAGGCUUCCCGCCGAGCAGGGAGCCCGAUGUGGGGCUCAAUCCCAGGACCCUGAGAUCAUGACCUGAGCUGAAGGCAGUCGCUUAACCAACUGAGCCACCCAGGCGCCCCACCUCUAAGAUAUUUUGAAACAUGAGGCAACAGACGAGGACCUCAGAUCCCGAGGGAAAUAUUUAUUGGACAGCAUUGAGAGUGUAGCUCUUAAUUGAAAUAUCUUCUUUCUGCUAAGAAUUAUGAUUUUUCAGUGGAUUUUCACUUGUAUUUUCUCUGUGAGGUUUACAGAAACUAUCCUUUUCACCAUGUUGAAAGGACAGUCUGAACCUUAGCUAUUUAUAUUUCAGUAUUAACACACCUUCAUUGAUUGAGAAUGGAGUCUCGAACUCCUCUCUACUUUCAUGAAGUGAAUGCUGUUUCUAGGUCAUCAGUUUCUUUGGAAGCCCUUGUUCCUUACAUAAGUAUUUGUUAUUUAUUUAGCUUAAAAGGAGACAGAAAUGAAUAAUAAACUUCUAGGCCCCUUAUUCCUAUUAAAAUACAUUUCUAAAUCUCUUGGAUUUCCAAGCUUUUUUGAAGAGGGUGCUGAUGACGUGAUCAGAGGAAUCCAGUCCAAGAAGAAACUCAUCCUCCUAGAUCUUCCUUGAGCUGAUCAUCCUCUCAAGGACAGAAUAGAGAUUAGCUCCAGAAAUGUAUCACAUUGAGCAGUUGACACCAGAGUGAAAAAAAUACACAUCAAAAAGUUUCUCUUCAUUUGAAGGAACCCAGGGCAUCCUUGGGUUAUGUGGGAGAGAAUCACACUUCAUCUGGUUUCCUGAAUGUAUUUGUGUGUGGCUCCAGUCUAUUCCAAACCAAAUCUUGUUGAAAGUAGAGAGGUAUGGUAAGGAGUUCCUGUUGUCAAUCAAAUGAGGGUGUUAAACAUAGAAAAAAACCGUCUGUGUUACACUUGAACCAUGUAUAAAUGUACCCUGUGUAUCUUUUUAAACAAUGAACAUUUCUGCAUUUAAAUUAUAUUGUGUUUCUUUGUAUUGUUAACAAUGCAUCAGAACUGGAUUUUUUUUCCUCAUCUGAACAUAAUAUAAAAUUUAAAGAGUAUUGUGAUAUCAAGCACUUUAACAUACAUAUCAGAGAAACUGACAUGGGUUUUUCAGGUUUUGAAGUACAUUUAAAUAUGACUUUUCAUGAUUUGUUCUUUACAAAUAAAACUGUGGGGUUGAUACUU